AUGGGUCGCUGCAAAGCAAGACUGCAUACCCAGAACGGAGAAGUCAUAAAGCAACUAAAUGAUCAUUCUCACGACUCUUCGUCAGUUGGUGUGGAAGUUGCAACUGUGAUAACAACUAUUAAACGUCGUGCUGAAUCAACUGUUGAAAACACGGUUCAAGUUAUCAACCAGUGUAUAGGAAAUUUAUCACAAGCUGGGCAAGCCGCUAUUCCCAAUACUGCAGCGUUAAGAAAAGUAAUUCGCCGAAAAAGAAAUGAAAUUCAUAAUGCACCACUGGAUCCUGCUGUUUUAGGAGAUCUUGUGAUACCGGAUGCUUACAAAGUAUACCGUUCUGAAGGUGCAGUGGAAGAAAAUUUCUUACUACAUGAUAGUGGCCGUAACGACAACAACAGAAUUUUAAUCUUCGGUAGAGAGACUUGGAUCCAAUACCUACAAUCGGCACAAACAUGGUUUGUCGAUGGAACUUUUUCAAUUGCACCAAGAUUGUUUGCGCAAGUCUACGUCAUUAUGGCAAAAAAACUUGGAGGAGUGCAUCCCAUUCUAUAUGCACUUUUACCUAACAAGCAACGUGCAACUUACGUGCAAAUGUUUGAAGCGAUAAAGAACUUAUCACCAAACUUACAUCCCAACUCAGUCAGCUGCGAUUUUGAGUCGGCAGCAAUUUCUGCAAUUUCGGAAUGCUUCCCUGACACUGCUAUAAGAGGUUGCUUCUUUCAUUUAGCAAAGAAUAUGAAAAAACAUUUGACUGACAUGGGAUUUGUGGCACUCUAUAACAACGAUGCCGAAUUUGCUUUAAAAGCAAAAAUGGUGAUUUCUUUGGUCUUCGUACCAUUGGACGAUCUCGACGGAUUUGUGGAAGAGCUUGGGCAAGAGUUACCUCAAGAAUUACAACCUCUGUUGGACUGGUUCGAGGAUAAUUACAUGGGUCGUCUUAACAGACGUGGCAAUGGGAGACGGCGACCUUUGUUUCCGCCAGAAACUUGGAAUCUGUACGAUAGAGUAUUAAACGAUCAAGACCGCACGAACAAUCAUGUUGAAGCUGCACAUCGCCGUAUACAGACGGAAUUGGGAGUACAUCAUCCAACAACGUGGAAGUUCAUUGAUGGUUUGCGGAAGGUCCAGAAAAAUCGUGAUACAUAUUAUGAACAACUAGUGGCAGGAAACAGCGCACCUCCCAAAUUGAGGAAAUAUCGCAUGGCUGACGAAAGGAUAAAAUCAAUUGUAUCACAAUACCACAUCCGAGAUAAAAUUGAAUAUUUACGUGGCUUGGCACAUAAUUACCAGUUUUAG